CGGAGAGCUUGGUCUGCACUGCCGACGCCGCUGGCAGCGAGGCUGUCUCCGGAAGGCAGACCUGCGAUAACCCAGUGCCCGCUCUCGGCUGCCCGUUGCUCUCCUCUGCGCCCCUGCCAAUCUCAUUCAGGACUCAGUGACCGUUUUUUUUUUUUUUUUGUUUUGUUUUGUUUUGUUUUUCUUAAUCACAAGGGCGUGGGUCAGCCUCCCCUAGGACUUCAUGUCUGUAUAUUUCCCCAUUCACUGCUCUGACUAUCUGAGAUCGGCUGAGAUGACUGAGGUGAUGAUGAAUGCUCCCUCCAUGGAAGAGAUUGGCCUCAGCCCCCGCAAGGAUGGCCUUUCCUAUCAGAUCUUUCCCGACCCAUCAGAUUUUGACCGCUGUUGCAAACUGAAGGACCGCCUGCCCUCCAUAGUGGUGGAACCCACAGAAGGGGAGGUGGAGAGUGGGGAGCUCCGGUGGCCCCCUGAGGAAUUCCUGGUCCAGGAGGAUGAGCAGGACAACUGUGAAGAGACAACAAAAGAAAAGAAGGAUCAGUAGAGUCCCUCGCGGGCUCGCCCGGGUCGUGCCAGCCAGCAUACCUGAACUGUUUUUCCCACGGCGAUGGGAGAAGAGUGAGACACAGUCAUUCUGAAAAUGUCAAAUGAGGCUUCCGUUUUUUGCACCUGAAAAUCACCGAGUCGGUUUUCUUUCUUUCUUUCCUUUUUUUUUUUUUUUGUCUUUUUGUUUUGUUUUGUUUUUGAUUCGUUGAGCAAUGGAGCCCUCUGACAACUUGCAAGGCUGAGAAAGGAAGCUAGCUGCUGAGAACAGGGGUUGGGGUGGGGGGAAGGGGGUGCUGCUUCUAAGAUCCCUAUCUGAACUCUAGUGCCAGAGGCCAGAGGCAGUGCUAUGUGUGUGUGUUGGGGAGGGGGUGGGUUCUGGCUGAGGUGGAUGAGGAAAUGAGCGAGAAAUAUUUUGGAUUGAAACAACAACAACAACAAAAAACAAAACAAACCCCACACUUUUAAAGAGAAGUACAGCUAGGAAGUGCUUCUCUCCCUGCAUUUACUCUGGCUACUGGGGCGUCUUUAUCUCCUGCUCUGUUGGUCAAAGCCACCAGCCUUUGCUUUCCUUUCAAGUGUGUUUGGUCGCCCGCAGAGAAAUAGGGUCUGGAGAAGCUGCCUAUGAAGCCAGAUGGAGGGAUACAUAAGAAAGGAAGAUCCCACCUGUCCUUCUUAUGGACUCUGGCCCCAGCUGCUUCAGGCUCUCGGAGCCCCCAGGAGCUGGAAGGCUUUAAGGCAUAGUACUCUUGAGUUUUCUCCCUAUUUGCCCCUCUUUGCCUCCCGGUAUAUAGGGGGAACAGCCAGAGCAUUUCCUGCCCUUGUGGGACAUUCCAAGGCUGCAACCUGAACAGAGAGUGCCACCUUCCACUGUGGGUCUCCCAAGAAUUCUUAUGUAGUCUCCAUGGAGCAAAAGGGUAGAAGAGUCAGCUCUCCCAGGCCUGCCCUUUCUUCUCCUUUGGCCACAGCAGUUAGGUGGAUGGUCCCCAGCUCUGCUGUGGCCGUCAUCAUCCUUCUGACCUGCAGCAGGACCACUCCAGUGGGGAUCCCAGUCUGGCUUCCAUGGGCGCUCAAAGCAGAGUGUGUUUCCUGGUUGGAAGUUGGCUAGUGGGUGUCCAUGCAGGAACCAUGGUGCCGCAUUGAUAUGUUAAAGUUCGCCGGUGGGUACCAGGCCUCCGGUGGAGCAGCUGUGGGAUCCAGUUUGAGACAGUAGCUGUUAUGAGAUCACUGCUUCUCCUCAUCUUGCUCCUGAGCACAGGCUGGGAGAAGACAUGGGGUGCACUGGGGUAUCCUUGUAGAAUAGCAGCCUUUAUUCCUUCCUCACCUUACCUGUCUCUGGAAGGGCAGCAAUUGCAUGGGACAAUUAACAUCUGGACUUAGCCUCUGAUCAUAGCUCAGAACCUUCUGGAAUAGCGGGUUAGAGGACAGAAUUUUCAGAGCAGGGCUGUUUGGUCAAGAGGUGGACUUAAGCCUUCCUUGGGCUUCACUUGGCCAACUGAGGCACUCACAAUGUCCCCUCACGUCUCUGUCAAUCCAGGUUGACCCCCAUCUUUGGACUAGUGUGUCUGGUUCUAUUUAAUACCUCAAAGUCAGUGUGGCUCUGGGGCACGUUGGGGCAAGAGCGUGGGGGUGUGCUGUUGACACGGCAUUCAGCAAGGUUUGGUUCUGGGAUGCCGAUGGUCACCCUCCCCUGCCCCCCGCCUCUUCCCUCUGUCGUCUGCCUGUGAUACACACCGAUGGCAAUAACUUUUUUCUGGCUCCUUGCAGAAGUGGGAGAGAGCUGCAGCCAAUCCCACCAUGGGGGAGCUUCUCUCUCUUGCUUCCACUCUGUUCUGUUUUGGCUACAGAGAUCUGUUCAUCCUUCUCCCCUUCUCCCACGGCAUUUCUCGUCCCUCGCCUCCCUUUAUGGACAGGUGUUUGGCCUUUGAAAUUCCUGUGUUUUGGUGUCUUCUCACCCCUACCCCGAUCUGUCUUGGUCUUGCCGUGUGACGGGAUGUGCUUGUAAAUCCAGUAUCAAUCAGCUUUGUGUAUAUGUGUGUCUGUGGGGUGGCUUCUUCCUUUUGCCGGUCACUAGACCAUGUUGUACAACCGUGUGUU